UACAUUCUGGAGAUAAACUCACGGUAGAACACAAAACUGAAAAUGGAAGAACUUUGCCGAAUUUGCGCAAGAAACGAUACCAGUCUAGUAAAUAUAUUCCAUCAGCGGGACGUGGUGACGGAAGAGCCGCCAUUGAUCGACAUGCUGAAUGAAUUUGCCAACUGUGAAAUAAAACACAAUGAUCCAUUGCCCCAGAACAUUUGCAGCUCCUGCACUUCAGCUGCCCAAAAUGCAUUUCGUUUCAAACGUUUGUGUGAGCAGAGUUUUCAUUACUUUUGGCAGUUGCUGAGUGUUGUGAGUAAGGAGGACUCCAACAACGAAGAAGACAAAUCUUUGCUCCACUAUUCCAUUGACAUUAAAGAAGAGCCUGUGGAAUAUGAGCAGCAGCACAGCAAUACGGACAUUGAGAAUAAUGAACAAGUCAUUGCAAAGGAGGAGGAGAAAGAAGAUGUGGAAUGCAAAAAAAGUGGCAAACAGACGUCUUUCAAGUGUCUGACAUGUCGAAAGGAGUUUUCUUCUAAGAGAGUCCUAGGCGCUCACAUUCGUAAUCACAACCGAAAACGUUGUUAUCCAUGCAGCUACUGUUCGAAGAUUUUUAAAUCGUCCAGCGCCUGCAAAUCCCACACGCGCCUGCACACCGGGGAACGUCCAUUUAAGUGUUCCCUUUGCGAAAGGGAAUUUAUAAGAAACGAUGAUCUCAAAAGGCAUAUGUUUACACACACAGGAGAACGCCCAUUCGAAUGUCCACACUGCUUGAAGGGUUUCUACCAUCGUAGUGUUCUGACUAAGCAUAUUCGCAUCCACACGGAUAACCGAAAACACAAAUGUCGAGUCUGCGCCAAGACCUUUUCGAAUGGCUACAACUUGAAAAUACACGUAAUGAGGCACUCGGGGGAUAGGCCAUACAAGUGUAAGGACUGCGUGAAGGCUUAUGUUUCGAUUGGAGAGCUGAGGGAACACCAAAUCACGCACUAUGGAAAGAAAAUAUACAAAUGUCCGAUAUGCUCAAAGGCCUUCAAAAGGAGUUGCUAUCUGAAGAAACACAGCAGCGUGCAUGAUAAGCCAACCAGCUAUAAGUGUCCCAGCUGCCACAAAGUAUUGACCUCUGAGGCUCGUUUCAAGACACAUAUGCUAAAUCAUUCUACUAAAAAGAAGCGGCAAUCUAAGAAAAAAGUAGAGAAAGACAUGCUUACAGGUGUUGAUAGAACAGAAGAUAGUUACCCAAUUCUGUUGACUGAACUCGUACCCAUGGAAUCCUCUGAGAAUCUAACCAAUGAGCUCGUUGCCAUGGAAUUCACUGAGAAUUUAACCAACGAGCUUGUACCUAUGGCAUCCUCUGCGAAUCUAUCCAGCAAACAGGUUGCCAUUGAAUCAUCUGAGAAUAUUACCAACGAGCUUGUAUCCAUGGCAUCCUCCAAGAAUCUAACCAACGAGUUUGUUGCCAUGAAAUCAUCUGAGAAUUUAACCAUCGAACUCAUAGAAUCCUGUGAGAAUUUAACCGACGAAGAUCAUGGGGAACUAGUUAUUUCUAAUUGCAGAGUUAAAUUAAAUAAAAAAAGAUUACGUCCCAUUAGGCCAAAAAAGAACAUUUUUCAGUGUGACUGUUGCGAAAAGAAUUUUAAUAACAGGAGUCAAUUUAUUAUACAUUAUCGUGUCCAUACCGAUGAGCGUCCCUUUAAGUGUGAGCACUGUUCAAAAGCAUUUAAAAACAAAGGGCAUCUUAAAGUUCACAAUCUUUUACAUACAAGACAACCGUUUGAAUGUGUACAUUGCUCGAGGUCUUUUAAAACAAAAAAAAAUCUAAUGCGUCAUGUGUGUCGUACUGAUCUUAAUAAAAGUAUGUCGUAGGCUUAAGUAGUCAGAGUAGAAAUUAAUAUAUAAAGUUAUUAAAAAGC